AACCACUUCCUUAUUAACCUACAUCUUAUCAAAAGCGGAUAAAACUCGUUACAUAAUGAAACAUGCAUUCUAUAAACCAACAAACGAAUCACUGGACCCAAGCAGGUCGCAUCGUCCAACAAUAUUAAUAACACUUGCACAAUAACUUACAUAAGGCAGAGAGAGCUCAGCCAAUUUACUUCCGAAACCAGCCCUGAGCCGCGAAGCCUGAAGGUGCUAGUGAUUGUUAGUCGCCACUUCUUGGUAGACUCGCGUGGUCGUGUUCGAAUUAUUGUGAAAAAUAAAAUGUAAGUUAUGGUAAUAGCUAAAGCCAUGGAGGUUGAAAAGAAGAUUGAGGAUGUUGUGGUGAUGAAGAAGCCCAAUUACAUGCUUAUGUCCUUGCAGAGGAUAUUAGUGUUGUUCGUUAUACUUAUAAGUGUUAUUAUUGUUGUCUAUUAUACCCCAAUGCCAGAGGAAUACUUCGAAAAUUGUGAUCGCGAAUGUCACGAGCUGGACUGGCCGAUGAUAUGUCGUGUAAAACUUGUUAUUGAAGUUUACAAAACAAACAGCAAAUCCUGCAAUCAUUGCUUAGAAACUGGCAAACCAUGUCCACCAAUGUGCAUCACAGCUGAUGGAAGAGAGCGUGGUGUUCUUUCAGCGAAUAGAGAACUUCCGGCACCGGCGUUCCACGUUUGUCAGAAUGACAUUCUCGUCGUAGAUGUGGUUCACCGCGCACCAGCGCAUGCACUCUCAAUGCAUUGGCGCGGUCAACCGCAAAAAGAAACUCCGUUCAUGGAUGGAACGCCGAUGCUAACGCAAUGUCCACAACCGGCGUACACGACCUUCCAGUACAAAUUCAGAGCUUCAGCUGCCGGUACUCACAUGUACCACGCCCAUUCUGCCGCUGACGCAGCUGAUGGUCUUGCUGGCGCUUUAAUAGUAAGACAGUCCCCUAGGCUAGAUCCACUCAAACGCUUAUAUGAUAUUGAUGCAACAGAACAUACGAUAUUCAUAGCAGAAUGGGGUCACUCUAUGGGGCCCUUGGCCGGAGUGUCUUCAAUAGUUCCAAAUGCUGAAUCUUUACUGAUCAAUGGAAAGGGUAACACCUUAGAAUCGCCAGAUGCUCCACUAACAACAUUUAAUGUUGAAUAUGGGAAGAAAUACAGAUUCCGGCUUGCAUACGGUGGGGGUGUUAAAAGUUGUUCAGUUAAAUUUUAUAUUAAGGAUCACACGUUGGACCUAGUUUCUUUAGAUGGGAAUAUGAUCGAGGCUGAAAACGUUAAUAGUAUAACUAUAGGGCGAGGUGAGCGUGCUGACUUUGUUUUGAAAGCUAAUAGACUGUCUGGUGUUUACGAUGUAAAAGUUGAAGCUGAUAGAGGCUGUCAAGACAAUUUAGAAGGUGUUGCUAAGUUAACGUAUAAAAGUAAGGAGAGCAAAGUGCUUCAUAAAGACGAUAACGGCUCGGUGGGUAAUGAGCUGGAUAGAGAUUUUACGACAGUGUAUAGUGAUAAGUGCAGUACUGAAAAGUUAUUGUGUUUGGAUGAAGUGCAUUCUACUAAGAAACUGUCAGAAGAAUUAUCAGGGAUCCCUGAUGAAGUUAUCUAUAUGCCCUUUAAUUAUUCAACGCGGCAAAUAUCUGCAAAACGUAUUGAAAGCUGGGGUCAGUCGGAUGGUCACCGUUUCACGUACCCAGCAUCACCUCUCUUAACACAAGGACCUGAAAUAGGAUCAGAUGCUCUGUGCUCAGAGCCUGGACAAGCUGAGGAAUGUGUUCAUGUCAAGAACAUUCCUUUGGAUUCCACCGCGGAGAUUAUUAUGUUCGAUCAAGGUGGUGAGUCCGAUCACAUCUUCCAUCUUCACGGCUACAGUUUCUAUGUCGUUGCCAUGCAGCAAUACAACAGAAGUUUAGACAAAGACUUUGUAAAACAAAUGAACGAAGAAGGAAUUUUAUUUAAUAGAAGAAACGUUAAAAAUCCAGUGCUAAAAGACACCGUAGUGAUUCCCAAAUUUGGUGUUGUUGCUCUACGCUUCAAAGCAGAUAAUCCCGGUUACUGGAUGAUGAGGGAUGAGAGAUCAGCUCAUUGGACAAGGGGGCUCGAUUUUGUUUUAAAAGUCGGUGAGGAGAAGGACUUUGUUCAGGCACCUUCAGACUUCCCUAAGUGUGGUUCUUAUGUUGGUCCAGAAUACUUUUUAAUUUAAUUGUAAGUCUCCUGUGUAUAUAUAUAAUAGUAUCAAUCGCUUAUACUGGGAAUAAAUAAGGCGCAACUGCGUUUCUCUGUGA